AUGGCGGACGUAGCGCUAGACUAUGGCUCUGCGGAGAUCGACUCGAGCGCUGUGCCUAUGCAUGACGAUGCCAUGGAAGACGUUUCCGGCCCCACACAGCCCACAUCACGAUUCUACGCCCUUCCCACGGACCAAGCCGUUGAAGCAGGCGCACAGCGUGGGCCCGCCCCUUCCUCCGGCGCCGAGCCUUCUCUCGACGACGCAGCUCUGGUAGGCGACGAAACACCAUCCUCCAUUCCGGACCCUCCCCCCGUCGAAAGCGGAUCCGACAUCCGCCUCGAGACGCUCCUCAUUGAGGGCUCGCCCAUCACGCAGCUCUCCACCUCUCGUCUUUUUGCCUAUCUCACUCACUUCGGUGCUCAGCCUCUCGGUCUCGAAUGGAUCGACGAUCAGUCGUGCAAGGUUGUCUUUCCGGAUGAGCGAUCCGCACGUUUGGGGCUGGAGUACCUCGUCCCCUCCACGCCCGCCGAUGCGAUGCAAGACGAUAUGCCGCUGCCGAACAUCGAAACCCUCCUCGAGUACGACCCCGACUCGUGGCAUUCCGAGUACAUCACUUCGCUCGUCACUCCUCGUCGGGCGCAUCGAGUCCCCGCCAAGCUCUACACGCACGUCGAGCGCCAAGCUGCCCUCACCGAACGCAGUCACAAGGAGGAAGCAUCGACCCUGCCAGACGAUGUACCCGAGAUCUACCGCGAGAUGGAGGAGGCUGAUCGGUCAGCGAAGCAACCACGCGAGGUGCGCGACCUGCUGAAGCUCCGGGGAUCAUUGUGGUUGCGACACGCAGUCACGGACAUCGACAGGAAGGAGAACCGCGCAUCAACAAAGAGUCAGUGGUAUAAGAGGCAUGGAUACGAGGCGGGUAGAGAGAUCGUACCCAAGCUCCUGCAGGUGGGCGAGGCGAAGGAGGCUGUGGAGCUCUUCCCGGACUACAAGCCGACCGAGGGCGAUGGAAGGAGACGCGAGUUGAACGAGCUGGAUGCAGAGCUGGACAGACACGUUGCGUCAAGGGAUGAAGAGCCGGAGCGCAGGGCGGGCGAGAUGAUGGCGGAUGCGGUGCAGGCAAGAUCUCGAGGGAGACGCAAUGAUGGCGAUCUGAUGGAUCGAUUCUCAUCAAGGGACGGUGGAAGGAGGAGGGGACGCAGAGACGACGGAGAACGAUGGGGCCAUGACGCUUAUGAUGCGCUUUCGACGGAGGAUCCGGAGCGAUCCGGUCGCAGGAAUCGAGACCGCCGUCCGCGUCGCUCCGAUAUGGAGGCCAUGGAUGCAGAGCUGGAAGAUCACCGCCGCUCACGUCACCGUGAUCACCAGAGAGAGCUCUCUCCUGGCCGUCGCGAAGAUUCGGAUCGAGUCCGAGUCAAGGGGAGGGGCAGGAUGAAGGCACCUGGGUUUGACGAUCGCUGGGGUGGCGACGAGGGCAAGGGUAGCCUGGCGAAGCGAAUGGGCGGCGGAAAUGACUUGCUAGGCAGACUGGGCGGAGGCGGACGUCUCGCCGAUCGUUUCUCAUAG